CCCCCCAGCCCGGCCGCCGCCACCAUGAGCAGCAACGCCCAGUGGGACAGCAAACAGGACAAGAAGCUCCUGAAACCCUUGAUGGAGAAGCGGCGCCGGGACCGUAUGAACCGGAGCCUGGAGCGACUCCGGCUCCUCCUAUUAGAAGCCACCCAGGACGAGAGACUUAAAAACCCCAAAGUUGAAAAGGCCGAAAUUUUACAAAAAACAGUUCACUUUGUGAGGACCCAGCCUCCUGCAGAGCCGGCGAGGCGAGACGACACCUUUUUGCAGAGGUACCACAGCGGCUAUCGGGAAUGCCUGAGCCAGGCCACGCACUUCCUCCGCUCCAGUCCGGGCAUCUGCGCGGGCAAGAAGGCCUACCUGAUGGAGCGCAUCUGCCACUGCAUGGAAAAAAUCACCGCCCGGGAGCUGCCGAUGGGCAGCCCCUUCUCCAACCCGGCCUAUGCCCGCGACGCCUUGCCCAGCUGCAGCCCGCCACUCGGGGACGCCACCUGCGUCCUGCACCCUGCUCCGGCCUUCCCCGCCGGCCACAGACUGCAGACCCUGGCGGCCGGCCGGCCCCAGCUGGGGAACUCCAGCAAAGGUGCUCGGGACAAGCUGAAUGGCUCACAGAACUCUGCAGGCCAGCCCCAGGAGCUCAACGUCUGGAGACCAUGGCCAUAGGGGCCGGGGACCCCCUUGUAAAUCAAUAGAGUGUAUAUUA